AUGGAGAGCACGCCCGAGCAGGUGUCGGAGGGGAGGGCGCUCGUUACGGUCCUCGCCUGCGUCCUCGAGAAGCUCAUUCAGGCCAACGCAAACAGCGGGCAUGACCACUUGGAGGCGGGCGCGGUCACCAAGUUUCACGCCCUGAGGCCUCCUGGUAUUGGCGUCGCAGAAUAUCUCGACCGCAUCCUCAAGUACUCGAGCUGCAGCAACGAGUGCUUCGUGCUGGGGCUGAUCUACAUGGACCGCUUCAUCCAGCGGAACGACUUCGCGCUCACCGCGCUCAAUGUCCACCGCGUGGCCAUCACGAGUGUAAUGGUCGCCGCCAAGUUUUUCGACGACCAGUACUACAACAACGCCUACUACGCCAAGGUGGGUGGUGUCCCGUGCGUGGAGAUGAACUCGCUAGAGAUCGAGUUCCUGUUCGGCUUGGACUUCAACCUGGCCGUGACAUCGGAGGAGUACCGCAACUACCGGGAGAGGCUCGGGGAGCACUCCAACUGCUCUGUGUGCGGCUGCUCUGGGGCCGUGGUGAAGAGCCAGCAGCCCCCGUCGGGGCUGCUGCAGGACGGCGCUCGUGACGGUCGCCUUGUGUAUCGUGUAUCGUGGGACACAAGGAUAGGCGAGUAG